AAAAAUGAUUGUGUUAAAAUCAUCCCAAUUUAAAAAGUUUUUAACUCUAGUUAAACCUAAACAAAGGAUGUUCAGCACUUCCGAAACUGAAGAAGUUUUAUUUGAAACCAAAAAUAAUUGUGGAGUGAUUACAUUAAAUAAACCUAAAGCAUUAAAUGCUAUUAACUUAGGAAUGGUACAAUUAAUCGGUGAACAAUUGGAAGAAUGGGAAAACACCAAGUCGAUGGUUAUAAUACGAGGUAUUGGUAGAGCAUUUUGUGCUGGAGGAGACAUUAAAGGUGCUACUUCUGGAGGACCGAAAAAUACGAUUGGGGGUAAAAUGUUUUUUAAGACGGAGUAUAAAAUGAAUCAUAAAAUUGGUACAUACAAAGUGCCUUAUAUAGCUCUCUUGGAUGGUAUAACAAUGGGUGGUGGUGUGGGAUUAAGUGUUCAUGGAAAGUAUCGUAUAGCAACUGAGAAUACAUUGUUUGCUAUGCCAGAAACGGCCAUUGGAUUAUUCCCUGAUGUCGGAGCUAGUCAUUUUCUGUCUAGGAUUCCUGGUAAUAUUGGUAUGUUCCUAGCUUUAACUGGAUAUCGUUUAAAAGGUGCAGAAACUUUAAAGAUUGGUUUCGCCACACAUUAUUGUAAGAGUGCUGAUAUACCAGAAUUGUUUGUUCGUCUAGUGGCUACUGAAGGCGAAGUCAAAGCAAUUGAAGAAACAUUAUCGAAAUUCUCAGCUGACACUAGUUCAAUACCUUUCUCAUUACAAGAUCAUCUUGAUAUCAUAGAUAAUGCUUUUGGAUUGCGCCAGGUCGAAGAUAUUUUUAAUGCUUUAAAUAAAAGUGGUUCCCCUUGGGCUAAAGAAAUAGUGAAUACAAUGAGUAAAAUGUCCCCUACUUCUUUGAAAAUAUCUCAACAAGAAUUAAUUAUGGGUAAAUCAAUGGAUUUACGGCAAUGCUUACAAAUGGAAUACAGAUUAGCCAGUGCUGCUUUAGAAGGCACAAUCUCGCUAGAUUUUUAUGAAGGUGUGCGGGCACUUUUGAUUGACAAAGACAAGUCUCCUAAGUGGAAGCCUGAGAAAAUUGAGGAAAUCACUGAAUCCAUGAUCCUUCAAUGCUUUGCUCCAGUUUCAACUGAAGAUGAAUUGGAUUUAUAAUUAACUUGGAAGUUAAGAUCUUCAUUGCCACAAUUUUAAUUGUAAAUAACUAAUGCCAAUGACUGAAAGAGAAAUAUAUAUUUUAUCUAUUUUUAUUAAUG